UAAAUUUCUCCAGAGUUUUCAAUGUUUAUUCUCUUAGGUUUGUGUAACUAAAUACAUAUUUUAUAUUAUGCUAAUAAUUAUUUCAAUGUUUUCCGUUAUUACGAAAAUUACACAACUCAUAUAAUUAAGAACAAAAUUUAUUACGUUUAUUACGGUAUUUAGCCAAUGCGGCCAUUUCAGUGUAUUCUGAUCAGAAUAUUGUAUUUGUAAACAAAUAUUGAUUUUUGUGUAUUCAACGUUGUAUACAUAGGAUCUGCAGCAAAAUUCCGAGCGUUUCAUAUAAAAACUAUCUCUAUCGUUGGGAUAACUAUAUUUAGCAAUAUUUUGGUGAAUAAUGGCUGAUUGUGCUCCUACGCCUAAUGCCAGUGAUAAGAUGGCCAGUUUGUUGAAGGAGGCGGAAAAUUUGAAAAUCAAACUUGAGGAAGAACGUGCUAAAUUGAAUGAUAUUAAUUUAUGGACUGUUGCUGAACGACUCGAGCCGAUUGCUUUUGUCAAUAUAAAACCGCGUAAAGUACUCAAAGGUCACCAGGCAAAAGUUCUAUGUACAGAUUGGAGUCCAGAUAAGCGUCACAUAAUUUCUUCAUCGCAGGACGGGCGUCUCAUCAUUUGGGACGCAUUCACCACAAACAAAGAACACUUCAUUACCAUGCCCACCACUUGGAUUAUGGCAUGUGCAUAUUCUCCAUCAGGCAAUUUUGUUGCUUGUGGUGGUUUAGACAAUAAAGUUACCGUUUAUCCGAUAAUGUCAGAUGAUGAGAUGGCUGCUAAAAAGCGAACAGUUGGUACGCACACUAGCUACAUGUCAUGCUGUAUUUAUCCAAAUUCCGAUCAGCAAAUCCUUACGGGAAGCGGUGAUUCUACAUGUGCUUUGUGGGAUGUUGAAAGCGGACAAUUACUACAAAGCUUUCACGGGCAUUCUGGUGAUGUUAUGGCGAUUGAUUUAGCUCCAAAUGAAACCGGAAAUACAUUCGUUUCUGGCAGUUGUGACCGUAUGGCCUUCAUAUGGGACAUGCGUUCAGGACAUGUGGUGCAAUCGUUUGAAGGACACCAGUCAGACGUUAAUACCGUUAAAUUUCAUCCUAGUGGCGAUGCCAUAGCAACUGGCUCAGACGAUAGUAGCUGUCGUUUGUUCGAUAUGCGUGCCGAUAGGGAAGUAGCUGUGUUCGCUAAGGAGAGCAUUAUUUUUGGUAUUAACUCCGUAGACUUCUCAGUGAGUGGCCGUUUACUAUUUGCCGGCUAUAAUGAUUACACAGUGAAUCUCUGGGAUACGCUUAAAUCGGAACGUAUUUGUCUAUUAUAUGGUCAUGAAAAUAAGGUAUCCUGUGUGCAGGUAUCGCCAGACGGUACUGCAUUAUCCACUGGAAGUUGGGAUUACACCAUACGCGUGUGGGCAUAAGUAAAUAUACAUAAUGUCAUACCAUGUACAUACAUACCAUGCAUUCAGAGUAUUUUUGUAAUUAUAUGUUUGGAAACGUAUAUUUAUUUGUUGCGCUUUGAUUAUAAACAACGUUGUUACGAGUAUUAAUUGCUUAAAUGUUAAUGACUUAAUGUUGCUUAUUAUAUUUAAUGGAAUAAAUCUAAUGUCACAUGUAGCGAAUUUUCAAUAAACAUUAGUUAAAAAUUAA